UGAAAAAUAAUAAAUUUAGAUUCUUAGCACAUGAAUUUAAACCGCUGUUGUGUCUUGGUUAACCUGCACAGCCGCUACUGAGCUGCAGACCAAUCACCAUUUCUUCAGCAGUGCUCGUCCCACUCAGGGAAUUUGAUUUUUAAUUCAUGAAAAAGCGAGUUUUUUUUUUUUAUUUCAUUAAAGAAUAAAAGGAGAUAAAGAUCUGAUGUAUUUGAUGCAYGCAGCUUCGGUUUGAUCACAACUUUCGCAUUUAUACAUAUCAACGUUGAAACUUUUUGAUAUAYAAAUUGUGGCACCUUUGGCACAUGCUGGGUGAUCUAAAUCGCAGUGUGCAUAUUUUAGGCUGCUGCUUGUGCUCCAAGUUUAGAUUUGAGCUCCAAAUGGCUUGGGCCCAACCUUCCUCUAGCAGAUGAGCUUCCACAGCUGCAUCUUCGUUUCAUUCACAGCCACUCACAACCAGCCCAGAUCCUGUGUGGAGACACCUGGUGGAAACAUCAGUCUAGAAGCACCCUGUGUUCACUGGGCUCUAGUAAAUCAAUAGGCUCACCCGCUGCAAGWGUUGCACAAAGACUAGGGAGGAGGUCAUUUACAUGCAUACAUGGAAAUCUGUUUUGAGCUCUUCAACUGAAAAGAAYGGCCAAAUUUGAAACACUUGCUGGAAAAUUGCAUCAAUUAAGGAGCAGUUCAGUUCCAGUGAUAAACAUAUGCUUCAAAGAACCAAUCAAAGUCUCUUUGAGAUGAAAAGUUUAUGGAUAUAUAUCUUACAGAGGCUUGUCAGAAAGGCUUUCCUUCUGUGUUAAAUCCAAUUCCACAUGAAUCACACAACCUAGUUUCUGUGUUGCCAUUUUUCUGCAUUCAAAUUUAAGCAACGGAAACGGUUCCUCUUAAGUGAGAUGGAAUUUGAAAUAGCAAAGAAAUUCAACAUUUAAAAUAGCAAAUCCUAAUUGAAAUUAUUAGUCAGCAUACAAAAGGAAGGCAGUACAUUUCUCGUUUGUCCUUGGAGAACCAGUCGGAUGCUGCCAGACGGUUCACAGAACAUUUUGAAUGCUAUCAUUUUGCAGCCACUGCACAAUUUUUCACUACUUAAUGUUUCUCUAUCACACAAAAUUUUAACAUAAUAUACCAAAACGUGAGGUUAUGAUGGGACAAAAUGUUGAAAAAAUUCUAACUAUGCAUAGAGGAAUGCUGCUUCUCCAUGUAUGAUUUUAAAUCCAAGGGUCCAGAGUAGACUUGAACUAGGAAACCUAAGUGGUGUGGACGUUUGAUACAACAGCAACAAAGCUGUAAUGUAUUUAUUUUGGUGUUAAGGUGUAAACUAACAAAAGUAUUUCAAAGUCUAUUCUCUGAGCUACAGGAAGUCAAAGGAAGGACUUUCGAACCAGGGUGAUGUGCUCUAUCUUUCGAGUUUUAGUGAGAGCGUAAGCAGCUGCAUAYGUGUGACUUUUUUUGGCAGACCUGUGAAGACACUGUUGCAAAAAUCAAUUUGACUGAAGAUGAAUGUAUGAGUUUCUCAAGAUCAUGAAAACAUUCUUCAGGUGAUGAAAGGUGGAGUUUAAUAUUGUCUUUAUGUCUCUCUUAAGGUUCAGGUCUGAGUCCCUCACUACUACAUUUUCUAGCUGUAAUAGCUGAAGCUGUGCAGUGACUCUUAUGUACAGAUAAUAACUUCAAUUUAGUUUCUUUUCAGCUAAAAAAAAGUCAUUGCACAUCCAUGAAAGAAGUUCUGUUCUUUAAGUAAGAUCAAGUUAAGUACUGUCCUUAAAAGUGACUUAUUUAUCUGUGAUUUGUACCCACAACAAGUUUCAYAUUGCUUUUUAUGCAUGAGAAGUCAAUGGAGAGUUGGAGCCUGGUAUGUUAAGCAGGGACCUCCUGCUUGCAUCUAAGAAAAAGAACAUCAAGUUAUGUCAGUACCACUAAGUCCAUGUAGGAUGCAUUGCUCACACCCUGUUUAGUCUGGUUUAUUUGAACACUAGUUUGUUUUGCCUAAACAGUCUGGUUUGUUUGGGGUGGUGUGAAUGUGCAAUCAAACUCUGGUGCAGACCAGAAAGCACACUCUGGUCCAGUUAAACACCUAAAUCUUGUUUCAAAUGAAGUGAACUCUGGCACGGUUUGAAUGAAUAUGUGAAUUCCAAGUGGAAAGGAGACCAGGAAGUGAAAUACAACCAAAAACAAAUGUGCUAAUCAAGUGCAAGAGUGAGAAAUGGCUCGUGGUUUUUUGUCAAGGACAAAGGAGAAAUCCUACAGCCGCUAAAAUCUGACACCACUCCUUUUUUAUUUUUACAUUUCAUGAAGAAAGGAGAUAUGCUCAGUAUCUUCUUCAGAGGUUUUCGUGUAGCUUCCUUCAGUGGUUUUUGGUGGAGCGUCACCACAGGCAAGGGGUGGGAACAAAUUUUUCAAAGGGUUUGGUUUGUUUGACACAAUAGAGUGUGACAGCGAACUGCACCAGCAGAAAAUGUAACGAAUGCUACAAUUUUCAUCCACAAUCAAAGAGUCUACCAGACUAUCGGGUGUGACAACAACCUUAGAGUGAAUCACAGAUUACCAUGACUUUUCUUUUUCUUUUCUUUUUCUAGCUGGAGAAAUCCAGUCUUCACAAACAGUUGUGUAGUACAACUUGGGGGUGGCAAAAAAAAAAGGGGCUUGCCCAGGGUGCUGUUAAUGCAAGAACCGCCACUGUGAUGCAGCAUGGAAUAAAACCUAUCACAAUAAAUAACCAUAUAAGACAGAUCCACACAUUAAGGUCACGAUAUAUGCAUAUAUAAGAAAAUACAACAAUAUGGCUUUAGAGGUUUCUUGCCCAGCAUUUUUCCUUUUUCAGAAGGUUUGAUACUAAUUCAAAUGCGUGCCCAGAAUUUAAUCGAGCUGAAAUGAGUUCAGCCAGUCGGCCUACUUUUCCCCGGGUUUCUCCACUGACAGGCGGGGAGCAGCAGGGAAACUGAGAGACUAGUCUUUCUCGAUGCAGCCCCGCUGCUGUGCCAAUGCGCAAACGGUCUCCGCCGUUCAGGGAUAGGUCUCCCCCCAAAAUGAGGCUGCGCUCGAAACGAUCAUGCGAUUGAGUGAGUGACGAGCGCGUCAUGCUUGUCUUCCUCCUCCUCUGCUCUGUGCGAUCAGUGGCUCUGUGUUCCGCAAUCCCCCGGGAUACUGUACCGCCCUCGAUGGCUCUGCUAUCGCCGUUCCGUUCGCACUGAAUGGCCGGCCGGAUCGAGGAAAAACGGGGGGAGAGAGCGCUGCGUCUCCUCCUUUAGACCAACGCUCUGCAUCAGCUUCCCAGUGAGGGGCAAACCCUUUGGUGGUGUGCGUAGGCGCGCCAUGGCCCAGACCCUCCAGAUGGCGAUCCCAAACUUUGGCAACAACAUUUUAGAGUGUCUGAACGAGCAGCGACUGCAAGGCCUCUACUGUGAUGUCUCUGUUGUGGUCAAGGGCCAUGCCUUCAAGGCUCAUCGAGCUGUUCUGGCGGCCAGCAGCUCUUAUUUCCGGGACCUUUUCAGCAGCAGCACCAAUGCUCCGGUUGCCAACAGCAACGAGACGAGCCCCACUGUUGUUGAGCUCCCUCCAGCUGUGCAGCCCCAGUGCUUCCAGCAAAUUCUGGCUUUCUGUUACACAGGCCGCCUCAGCAUGACAGUGGGAGACCAAUUUCUUCUCAUGUAUACUGCGGGCUUUCUUCAGAUCCAGCAGAUCAUGGAAAAGGGCACCGAAUUCUUCCUCAAGGUAAAGGUACAAAAAAAAAUGGGAAAUAGAUUUAAUGUUUGUAAACAUCAAGAAAAACAGAUGGGUAGUGACGGCCAAAAAUUAAGCUAAGAAACGAAUCUUAAA